AUGUCUCCCUCGGCGGUUGAGACAGACCCGCCUGCCCCGGUCCCUAACGGAGUCAAUGGCAAGAAGGUCGCACAUGCCACCAAUGGCACCAACGGCGCCGAUAAGCCGCCCGCCUACCAAUCCCAUCCGCUAGGCCCCCUCACAGCGAAGGAGAUCUCACAAUCAUCAGCUCUGAUCAAGGGCCAGUGGCCUGAGGGCACCCUCUUCCAAUUUAAGGUCGUCACGCUGCUGGAGCCGGCCAAGGCCGAACUGAUCCCGUAUCUCUCGGCCGAGAAGUCUGGUCAGACACCAACGGAUAUUGACAGGAGGGCAUUCGUCGUAUACUACCUCAAGAACACGGAUAAACUCCAUGAGGCAGUUGUCAAUCUCAGCAACAAUGUUGUAGAGAGCAAUGUUAGGUUAGGGCCUUUCAUCCAUGCCAAUGGAGAUGGAGAAGAGAUUGUUGCCAUUGAGAAGGUCCUACUCGAGCAUCCCGAUGUCCUUGCGGAGUUGGCCAAGCUGGAAUUGCCGGAAGGCUCUGUCGUGGUGUCAGAUCCAUGGAUUUAUGGCUCUGAUGGUAUCAAGGAGGGACUGUUUUAUGAUGACAAGCGUCUGAUGCAAUGCUUCCUAUAUAUGCGCGAUCCAAACAACUCUUCCGAGCCAGACAGCUGUCACUACGCGUUUCCACUGCCUAUCUCACCCGUCAUCGACCCGGCCACACUGGAGCUGAUCCGUAUUGAUAUCCUGCCAACCGGUCUCGACAGCAAGAUUGAGCCCAUCAAGCCAUGGCAGCCAGUCCCAGCCAAUGAGUACAUCCCCGAGGCGCACAACAUGCGUCCAGAUCUCAAGCCUCUGCGCGUGGUCCAGCCCGAGGGCGCCUCGUUCACCGUCGACAAGUACUCUGAGUUGGGCCACACCAUCUCGUGGCAGAAGUGGCAGUUCAAGGUCGGCUUCAACCAGCGAGAGGGCAUGGUGCUUUACGACGUGCAUUACGACAGCAAGCCCCUCUUCUACCGUCUCUCGCUCUCCGACAUGGCCAUCCCAUACGCCGAUCCUCGACAUCCGUUCCACAAGAAGGCCGCCUUUGAUCUUGGCGAUGUCGGCGCCGGCAUCAUGGCUAACAAUCUCAAGCUGGGUUGCGACUGCCUCGGCUCCAUUUACUACAUCUCGGGUGUGCUGCCGGACAGCAAUGGCGACCCGGUGCCAUAUCCGAACGUGAUCUGCAUCCACGAGCAGGACUCUGGCUUGCUGUGGAAGCACACCAACUACCGGACGAACCGGGCGUGCGUGGUGCGCAACCGCGAGCUGGUGCUGCAGACGAUCCUGACGGUCAGUAACUACGAGUACGUACUGGCAUGGGUGUUCAACUUGGCGGGCGAUGUGACGUACGAGGUGCGGGCGACGGGCAUCCUGUCGACGCAGCCGGUGGACCUGGAGCUGUCGCAGACGCCGCACCCCUACGGCACCGUCGUGCACCCGGGCGUGCUGGGCGGCUAUCACCAGCACUUCUUCAGCCUGCGGGUCGACCCCAUGGUCGCGGGCCACGGCAACCAGGUCGUGUUCGACGACGCGGUGCCGCUGCCGCGCGACCCGGUCGAGAACAAGUACGGCGUGGGCUACACGGUGCAGCGCACGCCGAUCACGACGAGCGGCGGCUACGACCUGGACGUGGCGCGCAACCGCACGUACAAGAUCACCAACCCGGCGGUGCGCAACGCGGUCAACGGCGCGCCGGUGGCGUACAAGGUGAUGGUGCCGCCGAUGCAGGCGAUGCUGGCGGAUGCGGAGAGCUACCACCACCGGCGGGCCGAGUUCGCCGACCACAGCGUGUACGUGACCAAGUACGCCGAGGGCGAGCUGUACGCGGGCGGGCUGUACACGAACCAGAGCCGGGGCGGGACGGGCGUGCGCGCAUGGGCGGGCCGGCAGGACAGCGUCGAGGGCGGCGACCCGGUGCUGUGGGUGCAGUUCGGCAUCAACCACAUCCCGCGCAUCGAGGACUUCCCCGUCAUGCCGGUCGAGAUGCUCAAGGUCAUGCUGCGGCCCGUCAACUUCUUCGACAGGAACCCGGCCCUGGACGUGCCGCCGAGCAGCCAGGAGGUGAACCAGAGCGUGGGCCUGAACAAGGCGACCGAGGGCUUGGGGGGUCUGAGUCUGGGAGGGCAGGAUGGCAAGAUGGCUGACUGCUGUGCCACGCAUGGUGCUGUGUGA